GCAAGAUCAAUGGAAAUCUCAAGGGUUCUUUAUUAUUUUAUCUUCGCAGGAUCUGUCUCUGGAGCCUCAUGUAAAGAUGAGGCUGCUAAUAAACAAAGGAAUAAAGACGACCACAAUGAUGGCGGUUCAAAUGAUGGGGCCAACGACCGAAAGAAGACCAACAAAGCCAAACCAGCCAGCAAACAAUCAGUAUCUGCUGAACCAUCAUCACACAAAGAUCAGUCUGGUGAUAAAUCUAAAGGUGCGUCAUCCAAGGAUGAUGAUAAAGGUGCAAAGGACGACGAUAAAACAGCAAAGGAUGACGACAAAGCAUCAAAGGAUGAUGUUAGCAUCAGAGAUGAUGGAAAGCAAGAUUUUGAUGAAGCACGAUCACCUAAAGAUGAGGCUGGUGACAAUUAUCAAGGCACACCACGCAGUACGCAAUCGGGCACACUCGGGCUGAGCAUUCGGGAGGAACCGAUCGGUUCGGUUCCUCGGUUCCUACAGAACUUCGGUUCCUAG